UAAGAAAUACAGUAUUGUAUAUCUACUUUUCAGUGGAAAUGUCUGUGUUUGAAUCACACAGUGCUCUUAAAAUAAGCUGUUAUUCUUACAAGGUAAGAGACUAAUGUUGAUACUUUGCAUCUCCUUGAGAGGUCCAGUGCUUACAGAUCAAAGACUGAUAAACAGCCUAGUUUUGCCUCAGUCCCUUCCAGCUGAAUGUUUCUUUAAUCUUACCUGCAAUAUUUAUAAGCAUUUCAGAGUUUCUCUUGGGACCCUCUAACAAUAGGUUUAAAGAAAGCCAGUUUGGUGUAGUGGUGAAGGUGCUGGCCUAGAAACCAGGAAACUGAGUUCUAGGCCUCCCUUAGGCAUGAAACCCAGCUGGGUGACUUUUUAAAUAAAUUGUGAUCUCCCAGGGAACCCUGGUUGAGAAACCCUGCUCUAACCAGAUAACUAAAGUACUUAAAAUCCUAUACAAAAAUAAUACUUGUACUGCAUUUAACAGCUAUGUACUCGCAAUAUCCACAACUGCAUUUACCUAAGCUAUCCAGUAGUGAUGCGUGACUUAACCUAACCUAGGCAUCUACUGGAUAUUCAUGGAGUUCAAAACAGUGCGCAGUACUCAUGUUUCAAAGAGAAUUUGCUCUUCGCUUAGUUGCAAAGCCAGGCUCUCACCUAUAUUGUAGGUUGUCUGUUAAUACUCAACUGUUAGCUCGUGUUGAUCAUCUAAUGAAAGUAGGAAAAAAUAAUUUUAAACCACCACCCAAAGUUGAAUCCAGUGUCGUGAGGAUAGAACCAAAGAACCCUCCACCACCAAUUAACUUUCAGGAGUGGGAUGGUCUACUAAGAAUAGUCUUUGUCAGGAAAAACAAGACACUUGCUGCAGUUUUUAAUUCAAAUGCUGUGAAACAACUGCUGGAACAGAAUUACAGAAUUCACUGCUCACAAAAUAAUUUGCAAAUUCCUGAAAAUUUCAAUAUUGGUGAACUUAUACAUGAGAUCCUAAAAGAUACCGGUUAUUCAGAAAAACGUGCCAGAGUAAUGGAUAUUGAUGAUUUUAUCAGCAUUCUUCAUGGCUUCAAUGCAAAAGGGAUUCAUUUUUCCUGAAAGAAGGAAUUACAUGAAAGCUGCUGUGAAAACUAAGUUAUAUAAAUAAAUUUUGUAAUAGAAUUUCAUUCACAAU